GUCUGAAGUGCAGAUGCGCUGGAACUCGGCUGUGCGGGAACGCGCCGGCGGCGAGCCUCCUGGUCACCACACCAUACGUUGUUUUUGCGGAAUCUGAACAUUUCGGUAUCAGUGUUUGUCUCGACAAUUCGAGUGUCUCUCGGAUUUUUUUUUUUUUUUUAAAUCAACGUUAUAAUGUCUGAAGCUACCGGACUGUAGGAUUAUGAAGUGACGGCGAAGAGGAGGCAUUUUAUGUGGGCGAAUAGUCAGAUUCAUUCAGAGCCGGUAUUUGUUUUAAUCCAGAUUUGAAGAGCUACAAAUUCGCAUCAAGGCUGGCAGCCGUGGGUCCGCACAGGGAACAUGGCUGAGCAGCGCCAUGAGAGCAGCAGCAGCCUGCAAAGGAAAAAGCCGCCAUGGCUGAAGUUGGACAUUCCCAGUGCGCAGCAUUCGCUGGACGAAUCCCACACCGUUGUCCAGCCGGUGAAGCCGCAGGGUUUCUUGCGCAGCCUCAGUGUGCCUGCGGAGAACACACACCCGAGCUCUCCACUGUGCGAUCCCCGUGACUUCCGUGACCCCCGUGACCAACGGCGAUCCGCCCUACAACGGCAGCCCUCCAUCACCCAGACCAUCAAGAGCAACAAGAAGGUCCGCUUUGAACGGAUUAACACGGUGCCCAUUAAGGGGCAGCGGGCUGCGCGUCACGUUCCCAGCAGACGCCAGUCGCUGUCCAAAAUCGUCCUCAGGGGCACGGCAGACUGGUUCGGUGUGGGCAAGGACAGUGAUGCCACGCAGAAAUGGCAGAGAAAGAGCAUGCGCCACUGCAGCCAGCGCUAUGGCAAGCUGAAGCCCCAGGUGAUUCGCGAAAUGGACCUCUCCAGCCAGGACAACCUGUCACUGGCCAGCACUGAGACGCCCCCGCCACUCUACGUUCCAGCGCACCAACAUGGCAUGCAGAAGAUUGUGGACCCCUUGGCACGGGGUCGAGCCUUCCGCAUGGUGGAGGAGGGAGAUGGCUACAGCGUCCCCCACACGCCCAUCACCCCUGGUGCUGCAUCGCUCUGCUCCUUCACCAGCUCCCGCUCGGGAUUCAACCGCGCGCCUCGCCGGCGCAAGCGGGAGUCCGUGGCCAAGAUGAGCUUUCGAGCCGCUGCUGCACUGGUUAAGGGCCGAUCUCUGCGGGAAAGCACCCUGCGCCGGACUCAGAGAAGAAGCUUCACUCCAGCCAGUUUCCUUGAGGAAGAUACUGUUGACUUCCCGGAUGAGCUUGACACCUCUUUUUUUGCUCGGGAUGGUCUGCUACAUGAAGAGCUCUCCACGUAUGCCGACGAAGUCUUUGAGUCUCCGUCCGAGGCUGCCAUUAAGGAGGCAGAGGCCAGCAGGGUAGUGGAAGAUGCUGACCUGACGGGCAGCGCGUUGGAUAAGACUGAGCUGGAAAGGAGCCAUCUCAUGCUGCCCCUGGAGCGAGGCUGGCGCAAGGGCAGGGAGGGUCCCAUGGUGCAGCCCAAGGUGCGCCUCCGGCAGGAGGUGGUCAGCGUGAGCGGGCAGCGGCGGGGCCAGCGAAUCGCCGCUCCGGUCAAGAAGUUGUUUGCCCGUGAAAAGCGACCCUACGGUCUUGGCAUGGUGGGCAGGUUGACAAACCGCACCUAUCGCAAGCGCAUUGACAGCUACGUUAAGAGACAGAUCGAGGACAUGGACGACCACAGGCCCUUCUUCACAUACUGGAUCACAUUUGUACACCUUCUCAUCACAAUCCUUGCGGUGUGUAUCUACGGCAUCGCCCCAGUGGGCUUCUCCCAGCAUGAGACGGUGGACUCUGUUUUGAGGAACAAAGGAGUGUACGAAAAUGUCAAGUUUGUGCAGCAAGAAAAUUUCUGGAUUGGUCCUAGUUCGGAGGCGCUCAUCCACCUGGGAGCCAAGUUCUCCCCCUGUAUGCGGAAGGACCAGCAGGUGUACGACCUGAUGCAGGAGAAGAGGAACAGUGAGAGAAACUCAGCCUGCUGUGUGCGCAACGAUCGCUCAGGCUGUGUGCAGACAUCCGCCGAGGAGUGCUCUGCCACCCUUGCAGUGUGGGUGAAGUGGCCACAGCAUCCGAGUGCCCCCUACCAGAAUGGGAAAGUGCGCCAGUAUGGAUCCGUUUGCCACCAGGACCCCAGGAUUUGCCUCGAGCCGGCCUCUGUGUCCCCUCACGAAUGGCCUGAGGACAUCACCAAGUGGCCGAUCUGCACCAGGUACAGCACUGGAAACCACACCAACCUUCCCCACAUCGACUGUGCAAUCACAGGCCGGCCCUGCUGCAUCGGCACCAAAGGGAGAUGUGAGAUCACGUCACGGGAGUACUGUGACUUCAUGAAGGGCUACUUCCACGAGGAGGCAACACUUUGCUCCCAGGUGCACUGCAUGGACGAUGUGUGUGGUCUCCUGCCCUUCCUCAACCCGGAGGUGCCAGACCAGUUCUACCGACUGUGGCUCUCUCUCUUCCUGCAUGCUGGAAUCCUGCACUGCCUGGUGUCGAUGUGCUUCCAGAUGACCAUCCUGAGGGACCUGGAAAAGCUGGCGGGCUGGCUCCGCAUCUCCAUCAUCUACAUCCUCAGUGGGAUCACAGGCAAUCUGGCCAGCGCCAUCUUCCUGCCCUACAGAGCUGAGGUGGGGUGGGGCCGGCAGGCUCCCAGUUCGGCAUCCUGGCCUGUCUCUUUGUGGAGCUCUUCCAAAGCUGGCAGAUACUGGCGCGGCCAUGGCGGGCACUGGGCAAGCUGCUGUGUGUUGUGCUCUUCCUCUUCGCCGUCGGCCUGCUGCCCUGGAUCGACAACUUCGCCCACAUCUGCGGAUUCGCCUCGGGCUUCUUCCUGUCCUUUGCCUUCCUGCCGUACAUCAGCUUCGGCAGCGCAGACAAGUGCCGCAAGCGCUGCCAGAUCAUUGUCUCCUUGCUCGUGUUCGUGGGCCUGCUGGCCGGCCUUGCCGUGCUCUUCUACGUGCAUCCGGUCAAAUGCGAGUGGUGCGAGCUGCUCACCUGCAUCCCCUUCACGGACAAGUUCUGCGAGAAGUACGACCUCAACGCGCACCUCCAUUGAGAGCCGGUGCUGGCGUGUGCUUGCAUGUGAGGCCACAGGGCCGGUUCCCACCUCCUUCAUACCUCUGCACACUGACACUAGUGUUUUUAAUAGCUCUUUAAGCCUGGUUGUUGUUCCCCGUUAUUAGAUCUCCAUAUAACUGAGUACCUCCUCUUCCCCUAGACGUUUCUCUUCUGUUUUCCUGCCAUCUAAAUAUUCCAGUAAUUAAUCCUUUGGAUUUAUUCUGAUGGUCUGACUAAGCUCACAAGGGACAAAGCCCCAUGUUUCCCUGUGUGUUUGAGAAGAAAUUGAGAAGGUGCACUGCUGCAGAAUGCGGGAGCAGGUCCCCUGUGUCCAUGUGGGACCGAACACCACCUCUGCUCACCGCUGCCUUUCUCUCAUUGAGACAGCACUUCACCAACCAGGUCUGGGUUUUUAUUAUAUCUCAAAGACAGACUGAACCAGGAGGGCGAACGAAGUUAAACAAUCUAAAAUACACCUUUGGUGCCUUGUUGAUAAAUGUACCUACUACUGCCAUAUUUUUGUUACGCCAUGUUACUGCAUAAGCGGUGAUGGAAGACACUGUGGUAGCGUUUUAGCUAUCAGCUCUUUACUUGUGACUAUGAAUACAGUGAUUCAGAAGGUCAAACUGCCCAGUGGAGUAUCUGUGUGUUUAUUAUUGCCCCAACCUGUGUGUGUCCAUCUGCCGUCAGUCCUUUUGCAAGGUGUUUCAGGCCUUUAUGCAGGGUUCUUUCUUCUAAAAACCGAUGAUACUUUUCUUGAAAAAUAAUUCACAAGUCAUACAUUUGGGUGAUCAUCCAUUACUGAGGUAAUACUCAACAUUCCCCAUGGUCUUCAGUAAUCCUGAACACGACUGAAAGGUACCUAGACAUGUGGAGUUGGGUAUGUUACCUUUUAGAUGACUUAAGUUGGCCAUUCAGAUGUUUUUUUCCAGCUUGGUUUCAUAUGUUGUAUCAUAAGGAAACACUUGUAGAAGAGGAGCCUUUUA